GACGAUUGGGGUCACGUACAAGGCGGCGGCAACGAGACCAGCAAACUUCAAGGUCUCGUUGGUGGCUUGUUGAAGCAUCUUCUUUUCUUCUUCGGUUGGUUGAGGUUGGCCGCCGAACAUUUUGAUUGAUUAUGGAUAAGAUACACCUUUUUCCAGGCUCUCGCUGCUCUUCACCUGCUUAAAAUCGCCAUCGAAUUUUCCGCCGACGUUCCUUUUUGCUGGUGAGCACACGACCGUUAUUUUUCAAUUACCCGCUGUAUCGUACAUGUUACCACUGAUUAAUAGCAACAGGGAAACAAGGGAUACAAGACUAACAGACUACAAACACAGAAUGUCCGAUAACGAAUUAUCCCCACCCAACGAUGAUAACUCCGACUUUUCCGACUUGUCGGAUGUCGACGAAGAGCAGGUAUUGGAGGAUGACGUGGCGCAGGACUUGAUUCGUGACUUACAGUCGCAAAAGAGAAGUAAACCGGAGGGCUCACAGGCGCCGAAGAAGAAAGUCCGCAGGGUUCGGGACGAUGACAGAGAGUUGAGCGCCAGGGGCUUGCGCGAUGAAGAUGAGGGUGACUAUGCACCGGUCAUGGGCACCCAGGAGGGGUUGAGGGGCAUCCACGCCAAGAUGGACGCCGCCUUAAGAGGCAACAAGACGUCGAGAAGAAAGAAGGACGAACACGAUCUCGAGCAGAUUCAGGAUGAAUUGAUCGACAAUUUGCGCCGCCGCAUGACCGACGCCGCUAGACAGGACGCGGAGGCGGUGGAGAAGGGAGAGAUUGCAGCGAACAAAUUGUCGCUCUUGCCAGAGGUGAGGGACGUGCUCUUGCGCUCCAACUAUGCGGUGGCAAUUUUAGACAACAAUUUGCUCGAUGCUGUCAGAUUGUGGUUGGAGCCGUUGCCGGACAGAUCCUUGCCUGCAUACGAGAUCCAGAAGACGUUGUUGAGCGCGGUGCAAAACUUGCCCAUCUCCACCGACCACUUGUCGGCGUCUGGGUUGGGCAAGAUAAUGGUGUUUUAUCAGCGCUCUAAGAAGGUGGAGCCUGCGUUGAAGAAGAUCGCGGAGAGCCUCAUUGGUGAAUGGACCAGACCGAUCAUGAAGAAGUCGGACAACUACAGAAACAAGCAGAUCGAAACCACUGACUUUGACGUGAACAAGUUCUUGAACAACUAUGCGUUGAACAAGAACAAACUCACCGCCGCUGCCGAGAGUGAGCAGAAGACGUUGUACCAGGAGUCUGCCGAGAGACGUAAGAGAGCCGCGGCCCCGACCGCCAGAUCGACCGCCUACAAAAUCGCGCCAAAGGUGGACCUCUCGUCGCUUAGAAGUAACAAACCAAACGAGAUUGGCAGUGGUGCCUUGAAGGGCGAGACCUACAGAAACAUCAACAGCAGGUUGCAGAGUUUGGGUGGCAGAAAGAAGACCACCAAGAAAGGCGGUGUCAGUAUCGAGGGCAGAGGUGUCAAGUUGGCGUAGCCCCUGUGUAUUAAUAAAUGUAUUUUAAUUACGAGAACUGGUGCGUAUCUAUGGAAAGCUGGAUAUUUGAGGAGGUCAGAGUAGGGUCCGU